AUGUCGGGACAGAGAAGCAAGACAAGCUUCUUUCGCGCCCUCGAGCACUUGGACUGCUCUGAUGACUCUCAAGAUGAUGACGAUUCUCUGGAGCGACUUCUGGCUCGCGCAAAGCCUAGAGAAAUUUUAAACUCGACCGCUGCCUCAUCCAGCCCGCAGCAGAUUACGCUUACACGGGCAAACACGGCGCCCUCGCCCUCGUAUACGGACAAGGAGCUUCAAGAAGUUGCUCUUGCGCAUGAUGCUCAUCCAAGACGGCGAAUUCAGCCCUUGGAAUCGAAUUUGAGGACCGUGAAGCGCUCUCAGACCACUGGCACUAUGUCCAGCACUACUUCAGGCCCGACGAGAGGUGGAGGUCCUGCUCUGAAGAAAAGGAGGACGAACAGUAUCAUCAAGCUGGUUCCUGAGGAACAGCGGAUCUUCAAAAAUCUCGUCUUCUUCUUUUUCCCAAAUAACGAUAUAUCUCCCUCUCGCCGUCUGCGCAUCCAGCGAGCACGGGAAUACGGUGCUUCCUGGAUGAUAGACUGGACAGAAAAUAUUACGCACGUGGUCGUGGAUAAGGAUCUACAGUAUUCUGACCUCGUUAAAUAUCUCAAGCUCGAGACAUUUCCCGAAAAUGUGGCUCUUGUCAACGAGUCAUAUCCUUCAGAUUGCAUCAGAUUUCGCUCCGUUUUGAGUCCAGCCCAAGCGCGAUUUCGUGUGGAAGGAGUGCCAGAAUCUGGGCAGAAAGAUGCCCCGGCUCCAACAACCGCGUCAGUCGCAGUGGACUCACUGCCACUGAAAAGGCCGAGAAAAGGCCAGGAACAGACACCGGAGCCAUCGCAGUCCCCGGUUAGGGAGGUUAUCCUUGAUAGUAACCCUUCAUCAGAAGUGGUUGCUAACAUUGCUGGCUCUGAGGAAAGAACCGAGGAGACGCGUCAACGCGAUGCCCUAGAUGAUAUAAUCGCAGAGGCGAAAGCAGCAAGCCAUUUGCCGCUUGAUCCGAUCGAUUCCUCUGACGAGGAACCUGACAAACCUGAUAGUGAGUCAGAAUCAUCAGAGCCUGACCCAUCCAGAUCAAAGGAAGAACCGCGAGGAGAGCCUGUCGUCGAAACGUGGGCGCGCAGUUUUGCCUGCAUGCAAAAGUCCGACCCCAAUGCAAAGCGCGACAAUCCAAACAAUCGAACCAUCGAAGUCUUACAGCAAAUGCUGGACUACUAUACGCGAACAGGAGAUCAUUGGCGGACGCUGGCUUACCGCAAGUGCAUCAACGCUCUGCGGAGACAGACCAAGAAGAUCAUAUCCAGAACAGAGGCGCGGGCAAUCCCCGGCAUCGGAGAUCGGCUGGCAGACAAGAUCGAAGAAAUUGUCUUGACUGACCACCUCCGCCGGCUGGACCAUACCAACGAGACCGAAGCAGAAACCAUCAUCCAGGAGUUUCUCGGUAUCUACGGGUGUGGUCUUGCCCAGGCAUCCAAAUGGGUGGCGCAAGGGUAUCGAAGCCUCGACGACCUUCGUGAGCGAGCUCCCUUGACCAAGAAUCAGCGCAUCGGCCUGGAGCGCUACCAUGACUUUGCGCAGCGGAUUCCGCGCAAGGAGGUCGAGGCCCACGGGGCGAUCGUGCGACAGGCAGUCCAGGCGGUGGACCAGGACAUGCAGGUGAUCAUUUCAGGCUCUUACCGCCGCGGGGCUCAGGACUCAGGCGACAUUGAUCUGCUUAUCACCAAGCCAGACGGUACCGGAGAGCAGAUCCGGUCGCUGAUCCUGGAUACCGUGGUGCCUCAGCUGUUUGCAAAUAACUUCCUGCAGACUGGUCUGCAGACUUCACGACGGAAUGGCGACGGUUCUAAAUGGCAAGGGGCAUCUAUGAUUCCCGGAAGCACGGUCUGGCGGCGCCUCGAUCUACUCUUCGUUCCUGGAGCGGAGUUUGGAGCGGCGAUGAUAUACUUCACGGGCAAUGACAUUUUCAACCGUAGUAUGCGGUUGCUCGCACGGAAGAAGGGGAUGUGUCUGAACCAGCGAGGACUAUUCACGGACGUACUGCGUAAUGGACAGUUGAAGGUGAAUCCAGGCCGACUGGUCGAAGGGCGCGACGAGCGGCGGAUCUUCGCGGUGCUGGGUGUGCCCUGGCGACCUCCAGAGCAGCGAAUUUGCUAG